AUGGGUCCUGUCAAGAUGAAGAACACCGGCAGUAGUCGAAAUCCAAAGGGUCAGAGUGAGAAGAAGUCUAGCAUUGAAGGUCAUGACGAAAGACUUCGAAAGCUGGAAGAAGAACGUGAGGAUUUACUUGAGAAAAAGGAAGAGGGCAUGUUUACCAAAGACGACGAAGCGAAACUUGAUACGGUAGAGAAGGCAAUAAGCAAGUACAAUGUCGCCAUGACACAAGCGAAUUUGAGUACUACCACAGGACCCAUACCUGAUUCUAGCGCAGUAACGGAAGGAGAUACGGUAGGCCAAAACGUAACAGGACAGGCUGUGACGGAACAGCAUGCGACCGAACAUAAUGCGACUGAACAUGAUGCGACUGAAAACGAUAUGGCAGAAAAAUAUGCGACAGAACAAAAUACGACAGCCUACACACCAGACCGUAGAACGACGAAUGUAAAUGCUCAAGAAAGUCCUUCAAGACAUGCACAGAUCAAAAGAGAAGGUUCAGAAGAGUCAAAAGUGUCCACCAAUAGGCUUGUGGAUAAUCUCAAUAUGGCAUGGGAUGUCAACGUUAAUAAUACCUAUGGAGAGUCCUUGCUGCAGAAUCACCCUAAAGAAGCCUUCGGUCACCUUACGAGGAACUCUCGAACUCGCUACUGUGUUAGAUAUGGGUCUGCGGAUGCUCGUAGCGCUCGUUUCGAAUCAAUGCUCCCAGAUGGGUCCAGAUACGAGGAAACCAGAGAUGUUACCCAACGCAGCAACCGCAUCGUUGAGCAAAUCGUGCAAUUCCAUAGAGAUAGAAAAACUGCACUUCCGAAUAUACUCAACAAAGUAAAGAUUCUACUGGUGUACUGGGACUCCAAAAGGGGCGUUGGACAUGACGCCGAGGUUGACGUACUAGCUCCCGAUUUCCCAGAAAGACGACCUCACACCCGCUGCUUUAUCUAUCUGGAUCCCGCGCUCUAUGCAAAUUACAAAAUCGAAAAUGUGACGGGUUACAGUCACGAGACUAGGUCAACGAUAAAACUUCUCAUGGAUGGGAAUGACGACCGGCAAAAGUCUAUUACUCUUCACAACAUUGCAGUCAGGCUUGAGAAUCAGUUUGAGAAAAAGUGGAUGAGCGGGGUGCCAGGCAGGCCUGAGCCACUUUGUGAGUUGGUUCAGGAGAGAAAAGUGGUGUCCCGCCGGAGCAGGUCGCGGUAUCCCACUGCUGAACCGUCAGCAAGCCCGACGCUCAUGAAACCUCCGAUCUCACCCCGUCAGCCUACACCUCUACCAGAGGCGCUCAUGAAACCUUCGGUCUCACCCCGUCCGCUUACACCUCUACAAGAGACGCGACACGAACACGCUCCUACUGGAGCUAAGCCGGGAAUGUCGUUGAAGCAACGGUUUCACAACGAGUUUUUGGAACUUUUUGAGCUACCAGAAAAUGUUACGUAUGCAGACUUGACUGAACAACAGCAGCUUCUUUACCCUGCGCAGUUUACAAAGUGGAAGGCGGCGAACGCUUAA